UACACGUGGUUUCUCAUGAGCCCUUCGCUGACGGUAUUCUCUACCUCAGUCUUAGUCAGUUCAAGCCGGACAACAGUCGUCAUUACAUCGUUUUACAUUUAUUAUUAAAUAAACUGUUCUACUAAUAAGCAUAAUAAAAUAAUUUAAAAAUUCUUAUUUGAUAACGUAGUUCGCAAUAAAAAUAAGUGAUUUGAAAAUUUUUAAAUAUUUAUUGUGUUGAGGGUUAAAAGAUUAUUUAAAAUGGAAAGAGGUUAUACUACGAUAAGUGAAAAUAAUAUCGUUUACAAAUGGAAGAUUGAUCAAAUUGAUUUUAUCAUCACUAGUCAAACUGAUUUUACUUUUAAUUCUUCCGAAUUCUCAUCAAGAUCUAAAGUCAAAGACAGAUGGUGUCUUAAAUCAAUCUUUGAUUCUACAGAAUAUGUAGACUUUUACUUGUGUUUAAAAAGUGAUCAUCACGAUUUGAAAACAAAAUUUUCAUUUUUUCUUUUGGAUAGUAAGAAAGAAAAAGUUUAUAUCACAAAGUAUCAAGAACUUUUCAGUAAAGGAGAAAGAAAGUGUUAUUCUUUAGGAAAACAAAAUUUACUGGACAAAAAAAAUCGAAAUCUACCUGGAGAUACUUUGACAGUGGGUAUUGAUCUUACUGUGUAUGGCAGCCCUAUUACAAUUUCCACAAAAUUUGAAUUAAAUAUUCCAAAACGUCCAAUGGCUCAUGACUUCACAGAGCUUUAUAACUCUGGAAUCGGCAGCGAUGUUGUUAUAAAUGUGGGCGGUACUAAUUUUGAAGCUCACAAAAGCAUUCUGAUGGCGCGAAGUCCUGUUUUUGCCGCAAUGUUUUCUCAUGAUAUGAUUGAGAAGAAAGAAAGUAAAAUAUCAAUAUCAAUACCAGACAUUACUCCAAGGGUAUUCGAAAAAGUCCUUGAGUACAUUUACACCGAUAAAGUAACUGGUCUGGAUGAAAUUAAUGUUGAUUUAUUAAAAGCUGCGGACAAAUAUCAACUACGAUCACUUAAAAAUAUUUGUCAGGCAUCGCUUGGUAAAAUUUUGACUCUCGAGAAUGCAUUUUAUUUAAUGGCUUUAGCUGAUUUGUAUAACGCCACUCAUCUGUUAGAAUUUACAACUAAUUUUUUGGUUUUAAAUAUAAAAAAUGUCAUUGAUAAUCCGGAUUUUGAAGAAUUCGAGAAAUCACACCUUUCUCUAGCAUUGAAACUGACGAAAAGAUUCAUUUCCAAAAAAUGAUGAAAGAGCUAGUAUUCCUGAUCCAAUUGCAAAGUGAUUUGAUAAUAAUUUAAAUAUCCAGAAUUGGAACUACGUGCAAUAACUUGGUGCUUAACAGUAUUUCAUAAUUUUAAAACUAAUUUUAUUAUUUAAGUACAUUGACAUGUUAUCUAAUUAUUAUUAAGAGUAAUUUAUGUUUGUCUAUUAAUCAAAAUAGUAAGUGGCCUAUAAAUUAAGAGAAAGUUCCUCAUGCGUCUAGUUGCCAAUUGAUCAAUUUAUAUAAAUUAAAUUUUUGAAAAUGUCACAUUUAACUUUUUUCGUAAAGGUCUGUCUGUAUAUGUACACAGCAAAACUGAAUCAAAGUAAUUUAAAAGUGAAUAAUUAAUUAAGA